AUGCGAUCAACCAUCCCCUUCAUCGCCACCCUCUCCAUCCUCCUCCCUUCCGUCGCAGCCAUCCCAACAAACACCCCCAUCUACCUAGCCGACAUCUUCCACCCCCCAACCCUCAACCUCCUCGCCUUCCUCCCCGGCGAGCUCCCCUGCGAAUCCGCCCAACAAAUCAAACAAGACACCCCCUUCAGCAUCGGCGGCAUCGACGGCAUAGUGCUGAAAUCGUACUGGACCACCAAGGCGACGCUGAUGAGAGACGGCCGCGUCUUCGCGGAUUGCGCUAUUAGCCCGGAGUCGGUGGUGGUGGAUGCGUGCCCGGUGGGGAGGAGGGAGAGGUUGACGGGGGUUGUGAAGAGGACGUGGAGUUGUUGGGUGGUGGGUGAUGGGAAGGGGGGGGCGAUGGGAGAGAUACCAGUGGGAGAGGAGGGUGGUAGUGGAACCAAAGCUGGGCCGAAUAGGCCAUACUGGGAGAGCUAAUGGCUUGGUUUGUUAUAGGAUGCUGGUGUGAAAGGGAAACUGAGCUGUAUUUGUGUUAUGUUGCCUUUAUUCAAGGCUUGGGAAUGAAGAAUAUAUAUAUUCCUUCCUGUGUGUCCUUUCUAAACUUUGUACUUCACUUCAUUGUCAUAGAGACGAUACUCGUGCUGCCUAGAAGUCUGUGGAUGCAUUGCGCAUUUUUGCAAUGUUGACUAGAAGCAAGCCGUUGGGAUAUAAAAUUCAGUCUCGGGUUACAACUUCUGCAUUGGAGUUUAACUAACAGUGAUUCUGUUUGUGUUUUCCUUUGCAUAUCCUUUACUUACGUGAAUUUACUCACUUGCGCAUGCUUCUAAUCAGAC